GGCUUGCGCGUGCGCGUGAGACGUGGCCGAGGCUGUCAUUGGCGAGAAAGAGGGCCUGGCUGGAGCUUGCCUCGCCGCAUUGGCUACAACCAUGUCCCAGAAGGAUAACAAGUCCUUGGAGGAGGAUACAUGUGCACUUGAUGAAAAUGAUCAGAAGGCAGAGGAUACUGGACCCACUGAGACUGAUGAUGUGGAAGCAGAACCAGCAGCUAUGACACGGAAAAGACCCGAAUCCAAAACAUCUGAGCCUUCUGCUAUGCAAGAGGCAUUAGACCAGAAAGUUCAGGAGUCUAGUUCUAUCAAGCAAUCACAAACAGGAUGGGGAUACUGGGGGAACUGGGGAAAGAAUUUACUGUCAACUGCUUCUGCUACAGUGGCUACAGUAGGUCAUGGAAUCUCAAAUGUCAUUGAAAAAGCAGAGACAUCCCUUGGGAUCCCCAGCCCUAGUGAAUUGUCUUCUGAGGCCAAAAAUGUUACAGAAGAAUGCCAGAAUUCUGCAAUAGCCAGUGACUGCAAAGGAGACCCAGAAAAUCCUUCACCAUCCAUUACUGGUGCUUUUGGGAUGUUUUCCACCAUCUCUACCGCCGUUCAGAACACAGGAAAGACCGUUAUUAGUGGGAGUCUGGAUGCAUUAGAGUUCAUUGGUAAGAAGACUAUGGAUGUGAUAGCUGAAGGCGACCCUGGAUUUAAGAAGACAAAAGGUCUGAUGAACAGGAAUUCCACACUUUCUCAGAUCUUGAGAGAGGCAAAGGAGAAAGAAGAACAGAGGACAGCUACUGAGGUUUCCAUGGCUACAGAGACGAAAGCCCAUUAUGGUCUACUCUUUGAUGAGUUUCAGGGUCUUGCUCAUUUGGAAGCCUUGGAGAUGCUUUCCAGAGAGAGUGAAUUAAAGGUGAAGUCUGUUAUUGGCACACUCUCUGGAGCAGAGUUAGAUGCAUUAAAGGCAGAGUUGGAACAGCUCAAAGAAGCGUUUUCAUUAGCUGAAUUUUGUGAUGAUGAAGAGGAUGAAAAGGAAGAAGGUGAGGACUUCACACGGGAGAUAAAGGGUCUUUUUUCACAACUCCGUGUCUCAACCAAGCCAGACAAACUGACCCAAGCAAGGAGCUCUGCUUGUGAAUUAGCCCACAGCCUCAGCAUGCAAACUGCAAAAGAAGAGAGACCAAAGGAAGUAGACCAGCAGGUGGGCUUCGGGGAUGCUGAGCAAGAGGAGAAAAAAUCAGUAGAGGACAUUCAUGCAUCUGCUAUCAGAAGUCUGGCUGAAUUGACAGCCUACUCCAUUGAAGUAUUCCAUAAAACUGCCGCAUUAGUUCUGCACGGCCAGGAACAGGAAGUGUUAGCCACAGACCGAGCCAAAGCUCUCUCACAAAUGACCAUUGUGCUGUGUAAAGAACUCUCAUUUCUGUCUAAAGGCUUUGCUACAUGCUUAACAGCUGCAGGGGUGGAAGAGAAGGGAGAUGUCCUUAACCCUUUAAUCACCGGGGUGUUUUUAGAGGCUUCCAACAGUGCUUCGUAUAUCCAAGAUGCCUUCCAGCUGCUCUUGCCAGUUCUGCAGCUCUCUCACAUCCAAGCCCAGGCAGAAUUAACACAGUAAUAACCUGAAUCAGACACUACUUGAGCAGACUCCCACUGUACCUGCACGAUUCAGCAACGGGAUAGGCGUGUGCAAUAAAAGACAAAAGUUUUUGUGUCUGGUACUUCACCAGCCAGUGAUAAUGUGCUGCGUGGCCCUGAUUGGGGAAUGUAAGUUAAUGAGGAAGUAUGAGCAAAGUUCAAAGAGUGGGUGGCUUUUGUCGGUGUUCUGUGUAUCCAUUAUUCCAUUUCUGGUUUUCUGUACUUUAGUGACAAAGUAAAAUGUUAACCUCUUGAUAAUGAGAUUUCUAAAUCUAGAGAAAGACAGAGUGGUAUAACUGUAUGGAUGAAACAUGACCCUAGGAGAACUCUUGGAGCAAAAUAUCAAGUUUUUACAUAUACAUUUGGAGCAGAUUCCUGAAGUUUAGCCAAUCCAAAAUGAUGGUAUUGCAAAAACAGGGUUGGAUCCAGUGAUUCAUCAGCAAAAGGCACCGAUGGAUCUUUCCUAUGGUCCCAUCUGACCUGGGAAGCUUGAGUCCCUGGGCUGUGGAAAUUGCAUGGGCUAAUAGCCACCUGAGUGCGAUUGCGUGUGUGUGGAGGGUGCGAUACAGAGAGGGAAGAAGGGGAACAUAGGAAAGAUCUGUGAUCCCUGCAGUCAUGGAUCUUUGGAUACAUGCCAGCCUCUUGGGAGCAAUUUCAAAUUAUGUUCACUCUUCUCUGACUUGGAAGGCCUAUGAAACAAAUCAGUAAUUGCUAAGGUUGCAAUCCGUACACAGAGUUACACUAGAAUAAGUUCCAGGGACUUUGGCGUGACUUACUUUGAGGUAAAGACACUGAGGAUUAUGCUACAAGUACUUUCAAGUGCAACUGACCUGGAGAUUAAGUAGGCAGUAUAAAACUUUUCCUUUGAAUGAUGCUAUUUCCAGAUUGAAGAAACAAAAUCUCCGUAGGCCUGCUUUGUUUGGGGAGGGCAGACUGUAAGGUCUGAUGAUUGACACAUUUUGAAUGCCUUGCUCUCAAGCAGUAAAUUUAAAAAAAUAGCUCAAAAUAAUUUCAUUCAAGUAAAAGUCAGGGUUAUUUGGUACAGGAGGGAAAACAACAACAAUAAAGUCCUAAAGCUGAUGCAUUAUUUUGUUCCUCUUACAAGUGGCUGUGUGCUGUGGGCAGAACUGUUGAGGACUCAUUAAAUAUCUAGACUCCCUCAGUAUAGACUUGCUCCCUGUUAUAACAAGCCCAAGACUCUUAAUAGACUUAUUCUUUCCAUUGUAUAGAACUGACCGUUUGCACUGUUUUAUCUUGUACCACUGUGAGAGGUUGUGGUUGCUUGUGCUUUUCAUCCUAUAUUUCUUCUGGAAGGUAAUGUUAGUAUUUUAUUUAUGACCAAGCAGUUGUUAGGGUCAUAGUGACCCCUUUCCAAUGUGUUCAUUUUUUGUGUAUUGGGGGGGGGAUAUUUUUAAACGAGAAUGAAAUUUCUACUUCAAAAGCAGAGCAAAAAGUUUGAAUGGAGUAAGAUGGCAACUUGCAACUGCUUGAGAGAAUAGCCCACUGUCUUCAUCAGAAUGGGUUCAUUAUCAUGAUUUUAGCACUUGUUCCAUCAUCCAGAAUCUUAAUUUAAAGUCUUUCAUUGCUAAAUCUUUUUACUGACUUAUUCUGUAAUCCAAAAAAGCAAUGUUCAGGUAAUACAUGUAAAAUGUGUUCAAUUUUAUACAG